ACAGACUCGACACAGAUUUAAGAGGCUCCUUCAUUCCUCUUCUUCGUAUCCUGGAAGUGCAGCCUGUCUUUUAGCAUACUGGUGUCGUGACUAAAGAUACAAGACCGAAAGGAGCAAGAUGUCUCGAGUUGCUGUAGUGACGGGGAGUAACAAGGGGAUCGGGCAUGAAGUCGUGAGGCAGCUCUGUUCCAAAUUCCACGGCUUGGUGUACCUCACUGCGAGGGAUGAGAAACGAGGCCGAAAAGCUGUUCAAGAGCUGGAAAAGGAAGGACUGAAACCCUGCUUCCAUCAACUGGACAUCGACGAUCAGAAGAGCAUUGAGAAAUUGCGAGAUUUCCUUCAGGAGAAGCACGGUGGACUGGACCUUCUCGUCAACAAUGCGGCUAUUGCGUACAAGGAAGGACUGAAACCCUGCUUCCAUCAACUGGACAUCGACGAUCAGAAGAGCAUUGAGAAAUUGCGAGAUUUCCUCCAGGAGAAGCACGGUGGGCUGGACCUUCUCGUCAACAAUGCGGCUAUUGCGUACAAGGCAGCAUCUACAGCUCCCUUCGGCGAACAGGCUGAGAAUACGAUUCGUGUGAAUUACUUCGGGACCUUGAACGUGUGCAAGGAAUUGUUCCCCCUUCUGAGGCCUCAUGCCAGGGUCGUCAACUUGACCAGCUAUGCCGGAUUCCUCCGUAACAUCCCAGAUGAAGGACUGAAGAAGACGCUGGCUUCUCCCGAUUUGACAGUUGAAAAACUCUCCUCUCUCAUGGAAGACUUUGUCAAAAGGGCGAAGGAAGGAAAGCACGGCGAAGGAGGAUGGCCUAACAGCUGCUAUGUCGUCUCCAAAGUGGGUGUGAGUGCUCUCUCGCGGAUCCAGCAGAGGGAAUUCCUCCAGGAUUCUCGGGUCGACCUCGUCGUCAACCACGUCCAUCCCGGUUACGUGGAUACCGACAUGAGCUCUCACAAAGGACCUCUCACCGUCCAGCAAGGUGCCGUAUCGUCAGUGUACGCGGCUCUCCUGCCUCCAAACAUCGAAGAGCCAAAAGGAGCAUACAUCUGGCACGACAAGCAGAUAGUGGACUGGGUGAACGGGCCACUUCCCUCCGGUCAUUGAGCGAAGGGAAUUCCCGCCGCGAUAUUCACUGGGUCACCUUCCCUCUUAUAAUAAAUAGUUUGGCAUUUAGGAAUGUUGGGUGUGAUUACAAAGAGGAAAUGGCGUAAGUAUUGCUCCAUCUUUCACUUUCAUACGGGCGACAGUUACGUAACAAAAAUAAAUGAAUUUUACGAACUGGAAGUCAUUUCCCUUUUGUUCUCGAAUUUGUGCAGGACGCUCUUAAGUUAAAGGUCGGUGGAUGUGACGUCGCGAUCGUCCGUCUCCAAGGAG